CUGCAGGUGAGACGGGCGGCUCCAACAGAGGGCUCUGGAUGCUGUUGCUCCUGCAGUUCAGGUGAAAGGACAAGCAAGUUGUCAGGAUGAAGGAGGAGAAUUUGCUCCAACGGAGGCUUUCUCUUUGCCCUAGCGCCACCUCUCCACCUAAAAUUGACCCCCGCACACUCACCCGGAACUUGUCUUAUGGAGGAGACAAUGACAUCUACAACUUCAGCCCAGGCAGUGAGACAGACAGGAACGCUCUCUCCAUGCUGAGUAGUGAACUUAGUCCUGCCCAAUCACCAGACAGCAAGUCUGAGUCCAGGAUGUUUAAUGGCGUUGAAAAGGACAGCCCCUCCCCCACCGAGAAGCUGGCUCGAAAGGAGUCUCUCAAGGUUCAAAAGCAAAAUUAUCGGCAAGAGAAGAAGCGGGCAGCGAAGGAGCUCUCCACCGCACUUAAGGACCCCAGUGUUGUUGUCAUGUCCAAUUGGCUCAAGAUUCGUGGUUCUUUAAAGAGUUGGACCAAGUUGUGGUGUGCCUUAAGGCCUGGUGUGCUGCUGAUCUAUAAGACACCAACACCAGACCACUGGGUGGGCACCAUCCUUCUUAGUGCGUGCAAGCUGAUCGAGAGACCCUCCAAGAAAGACGGCUUCUGUUUCAAGCUCUACCAUCCACUGGAGAAAUCCAUCUGGGCUGUCAAGGGUCCGAAAGGAGAAAAUGUCGGUUCCAUCACGCAGCCUUUACCCAGCAACUACCUGAUCUUCAGAGCUGCAUCUGAGUCUGAUGGCCGGUGCUGGAUGGAUGCCCUGGAGCUGGCUCUGAGCAGUUCCAGUCUCUACAAAAUGUCUCCCAGACCUGAAAAGGAGGGCGAUAUCUGCAUGGCUUCAGAUUCUUCGCAUAUACUCCAGCUGUUGCAGUCUUCUCCACUCACUGCUACAGAGCUGCAACAGUUGAAUCACAUGGAGCAUGACGGUUCAUCAGACAAAUCAGAGCGCGAGACUCAUGAUGACUGGGAAACAAUGGGCAAUGAGAACGGCGGAAGGCUGACAGAGGAGAGCGACAUAGAGCCGUCAGAAGAAAUGCCACCCGGGCCACAAGCUACAGCUUAUGUGGAGCAGAGUACGGAAGAUAUGGCUGAGGUUGGUGAAGCUUCUCAGGUUGAGACUGUAUCAGACGAGAACAAAGGUCUAAUCUGGGGCCUGCUGAAACAGCUGCGACCAGGCAUGGACUUGUCAAAGGUGGUGCUACCGACCUUCAUCCUGGAACCUCGCUCCUUCCUGGACAAGUUGUCUGACUACUAUUACCAUGCUGAUCUGCUGUCACAGGCUUCUUUAGAAGAAAGUGCAUACGGUCGGAUCAAGCAGGUGCUGAGAUGGUAUUUGUCUGGCUUCUACAAAAAGCCAAAGGGUCUGAAAAAGCCUUACAAUCCAAUUCUGGGGGAGACAUUUCGCUGCUGCUGGCUCCACCCUCAGACGGACAGCUGCACGUUCUACAUAGCCGAGCAGGUGUCACACCAUCCUCCCAUCUCUGCAUUUUAUAUCUGCAACAGGAAGGAUGGUUUCUGUAUCAGUGGAAGCAUCCUGGCCAAGUCCAAGUUCUAUGGUAACUCUCUAUCAGCUAUUCUAGAUGGCCAAGCUAGACUUGUGUUCCUGAGCAGAGACGAGGAGUAUGCCAUCACCAUGCCCUACGCUCACUGCAAAGGUUUCCUGUAUGGCACUAUGACGCUAGAGUUGGGAGGGAAAGUGAUCAUCGAAUGUGAAAAGACGAAAUGUUUUGCAGAACUGGAGUUUAAAUUAAAGCCUUUCCUCGGAGGCUCCAGCUCAGUAAAUCAGAUCAGUGGGAAGAUUGUUAUGGGAGAUGAAUUACUGGCCACCAUUGAUGGACACUGGGACAAGGAGGUGUUUAUUCAAGAGAAGCGCUCYGGUCAGCAGGAAACUUUGUGGAACCCAACGAUAGAAAUGCGCAGCAGGCGCCUCAAACGACAAGUGGUCCAGUUAGACCAGCAGGGGGAGUUUGAGUCUGAAAGACUGUGGCAGCAUGUGACCAGUGCCAUCCUGGAUCGGGACCAAGUGAGGGCAACGCACGAGAAGUUUGUCCUGGAGGAGGCUCAGCGGAAAGAAGCAAGGGAGAGAGGAGAGAGACCCUGGAUCCCUAAACUUUUCCAGGAGGAUCCUGUCACCUCUGAGUGGACCUACAAGCACCUUGACACCCGUCCGUGGGACCCRGAGGCUUGUCUCGUUCAGUUUGAGAAGGAUGGAGUGAUUCAGACUCAGGAGAAAAUGCAGAGUCAACACAACGGGCUUACCUACAACCACCGCUGGACCAGGCAACGCAAGGCGGAGGUCAAUGGGAAGCACAGGAAAUCCAGCAGCCAGCCGUCUACUUGCAGCCAGAACACUGAGAGCAGCAGCACCACUCCAGAACCAACACAUGAGUCUUCUGAUAAUGAAGACUUCUCCAGCCAAUGUGAUCGCUGCAGUAAAGAGGUGAAGGACAUCGCUCUGAUCCAGGCCUCCAUCACAUCCAUACAGAAGACGCAGCAGGAUAUUCAAAGGAACCUGGCAGCUCUGGGUGGCCAGCUGUCUCGGCAGARGCACACAGAUGACUGCAUGUCCUUAACCGGCCGUCACUGCCUCAUCCUCUGCGUUCUGCUCCUCUCCCAGCUCCUCCUCAACUACGUCUUCACCUGAGCCAGCUCCUAUACGGGAGAAGUUUCCCUCCAGCGCCGGCCUGGCUUUAAAGCUUCCAAGAAAAAGCACACAGACUCGGAUCGCGCCAACGGAGACCUCAGAUCGUCGCUCGGAGGGAAACUUGCUCUCUUUUGUUUCCUCUACAGGAGGARGAGCACAGACUUUAUAGCAAUAAACACAGCCACAACAACCGUCUGUCAGUCACCUGCAGAGAGGAACGGCACCUCCUAGUGUAGCCAGACUGAAACAGCACUGGCACCCGCGCACUUUGGACAGGAAAAGGGAUAUUAUGAGCACGACUAGAAACAUGAAAAAUGUGGAAAGAUUUUGAUAAAAGAAAUGACAGAGAGGAUGUUUUCACCAUUCCCUAGUGUCUUUUUUAUACAUAUAUAUAUAUAUAUAUAUAUCUAUCUAUAUCAAUAUAGAUAUAUAUAUAUUGCCCUGCAAUACUGUUCAUCUGUGAGCGUGCCUCUGUAUGUGUGAUGUGGGUAUUAUCAGUAGGCCCUAUGGGUACAAGCAGAUCACGUCUUGGACUUCUUCUGCUUCCCUUCCACUCCAGACUUUGGGCCUUAACAAUGAAGCCAAAAAAAGGUAAAGUACCAGAAAUAAUUUUAGAAAUGAAGAAAGAACAUAUUCAAAACAGUGCAAUUGUGUAUUUUAUUUUAUUUUAUUUUUUUUUGUAUCAAUGUUCGCUCAAAAACACUCUGUCUCGUCUUUUUAAUGAUGAUUUUACCAAAACAGUAUUUAUGAUCCGAAAGGACAAAGAGUACUUGUUUACAGGGAAAACUGGAUGUGCUUUCUGUGACACAUCGGAAGAGAAGAAGGACGAAAGGCGAUAAGGCAGGGCAGCGAGCCAAACUAGAGUGUCUUUAUAUUUGUGUGCCUGCUGUAUCUGAAGGGGAUGGUAGACGGUGUUGGUCUCGACCACUAACUAGUGUGUACAAUCAGUCACAGUUUAUGAAGGAAGGAAACACAGGGAAGCAUGACCAUAUGAGCCUAAGAGAAGGGAUUUCUGUGUGCAUUUUGGUCUUCCCCACCUGCAAGUGACUGUCUUAGAUGUAAACACUUAGUAACAAACGACAAAAAAAGUAAAAAAAAAAAAAAAAAGUUUUCACUUUGAAUCAGUUUGUAUAUAUUUGUCUGGUCGUCGAUUUCAAAGAGAUUUGAGAAUGUAUUUAUUAGGAGAUUCACCGUGUCUUCACGAAUUCAGGACAAAGGACCUGGAACAACAAUCGCUCUCUAAGGGUUGGUCAGUUCGUCCAGUCGUGUGCUUGAGUGUGAUUGAGCACAUGUAUAAGCCUGCAAGUCUUUUCUUUUACAAGAAAACAGCCAUGAUGGUGGAUCUGACUGGUUGUUGGGUUCUGAGUUACAUUCUGAUCACCAGUACCAGUCUAGUCAACAGCACAACAAAAGAAAUUCAGCUCUAUGAAUGCUUGGAUCAACACCUUCACUAGUUUCUUCUUUUCACUCUUCUCGUGUUUUCUACUCUGCUGCCAUGUUGUAGGGAUUCUACAGAUAUUUUUUUUGUAUGGAACAAAAUAACACACAUUUUUAAUGUUUUCAUUGAUAUGUUGGAUACUGUAGUASUACAGUAAACAUGUUUUAUCCCUGGA